CCCCCACCCCACCCCACCCCACCCCCACCCCAAGAAGAUUAUUUAGAGAAGCGGCAGCGGGGGCAGCGGCAGCAGUGGCAGCAGCGGAGACAGCAGGAGACGCCGGGAGGAGCACCGGGCUCCAGCACCACCCAUGGCGAAGGAGAAGAAGAGGGCUCUGCUCGAGCUCUUGCACCGAGACGGCAACCAGCUGUGCGCGGACUGCGGGGCACCUGAUCCUGACUGGGCCUCCUACACCCUUGGAGUAUUCAUUUGCCUGAGCUGCUCAGGAAUACACCGCAACAUCCCCACUGUCAGCAAAGUGAAGUCAGUCCGUUUGGAUGCUUGGGAUGAAGCACAAAUAGAGUUUAUGGCCUGCAAUGGAAAUCAUGCAGGAAAGGCCAAGUAUGAAUCGAAAAUGCCAUCGUUUUACUACAAGCCAACGUUUUCCGACUGUCAACUCCUCAGAGAACAGUGGAUCCGAGCCAAGUAUGAAAGGAAGGAAUUCAUUUAUGCGGAGAAGCAAGAGCCCUAUUCUGCAGGAUACCGAGAAGGAUUUCUUUGGAAGCGAGGUCGGGACAACGGGCAGUUCUUAAGCCGGAAGUUUGUACUGACCGAACGAGAAGGGGCGCUGAAGUAUUUCAACAAAAAUGAUGCAAAGGAGCCCAAAGCAAUUAUGAAGAUUGAACAUUUAAAUGCCACCUUCCAGCCAGCCAAAAUUGGGAAUCCUCAUGGCCUCCAGAUCACUUACCUGAAGGAUAACAGCACCAGGAAUAUUUUUGUAUAUCAUGAAGAUGGCAAGGAAAUUGUGGAUUGGUUCAAUGCUAUCCGGGCAGCCCGAUUUCAUUACUUACAAGUGGCAUUCCCUGGGGCAAGCGAUAUUGAUCUCGUGCCAAAGCUGUCCAGAAACUACCUGAAGGAAGGCUACAUGGAGAAAACAGGACCAAAGCAAACUGAAGGCUUCAAGAAACGCUGGUUCACCAUGGAUGACAGGCGGCUCAUGUAUUUCAAAGACCCUCUGGAUGCCUUUGCCAGAGGGGAGGUUUUCAUUGGCAGUAAGGAAAACAGCUACACGGUGCUGGAGGGCCUGCCCCCUUCCACCCAGGGCCACCACUGGCAGCACGGGGUCACCAUCGUCACCCCCGAUCGAAAGUUCCUCUUCGCCUGUGAGACAGAAGGUGACCAGCGGGAAUGGAUCGCAGCCUUUCAGAAAGUGAUUAAUAGGCCAAUGCUGCCUCAAGAGUAUGCAGUGGAAGCCCAUUUCAAACAUAAACCUUAAAGAGAGAUUGACUUUGAGGGAUCCAAGGACACAAGAUUCUGUUUACAGAGCGACCUGGUUUUAUUUGACAUGUAAAAAGGAAAGAGGAAAAAAACAACAACAACAGACAAGCAUCCACCUGAUCAUGUUGGAAGCCAACAUGGGAGUGGGUUGGUGGUGAAGGCAGAGGCCAGAAGACUGACAAAAGAAAAUGGAGCAACCUCUUCUCCCUGGAAUAUCUCCCCUGUUACCAGGGGGCCUGAUUUUUUGCAAGCAUCUGCUGUUUCCAAUGGCUACGUUUUCACCCAUGACCAUUGUGUAUGCCUCACUACGUCAGAAAAGGGAUCCUGGCUGACAACCUUACUGCCCUGCAUCUACUUUGGGGAGGGAGGGUAGAAUCUGAACCCAAGACCUGGGGCUGCUCCUGGGGCUUGAUGCCCAAUUCUGGUCCCAAGUUCCACCCAAGCCGUUGGACCCAAGUUUCACUUCAUGGCAGUGGCUCUGAAGGGGUUCAGGAUGAAGGAUCUAUUUAUUGGAAACCUACUUAAGUGGGAGUUCAGACCUAAAGCUGCUUUCUGGGUAGGGAGGCAAAGGGAGGCUGGGGAAUUCGCCAUGAUCCUUAGGAAGCCUCUUCCUUCCAUUGGCAAAAGGCAGCCUGCUUGCUUCCUAUUUGGGGCUGUGUGAAUGCCCUCCAAGAUCAGAUUUAUUUUAGCACAACCCCGGAGUGGAUUCUAGAAACGAAUCUUGCAUAUGUUCUAGUCAUGGUGAAUGAUGAGGACAUUUAUGUGCCAAGAAGUGGAGAUGGCAUUGGAGUCUUCCUGCCCCAGGAGAAGAUUUAGGGAGUACGUGGGGAGUCCAGGCUGGUUUUUAUAGAGGUAGAUUCCAAGGUUGUGUAAGAACUAAUAAGGGGGCAGCUAGGUGGCGCAGUAGAUAGAGCACCGGCCCUGGAGUCAGGAGUACCUGAGUUCAAAUCCGGCCUCAGACACUUAACACUUACUAGCUGUGUGACCCUGGGCAAGUCACUUAACCCCAAUUGCCUCACUAAAAAAAAAAAAGAACUAAUAGGAGAGGAACGGUGAGGAAGACAGGAAUUUGGUGUAAAAUGGGCAUCUAAGAGAACACCUCUCUUGUCAGUUUACAGCUAAGAAUUAGAAGGUUAAAGGGAGGGAAACCACAUAUUUUUAAGGUGUUUGUGUGCUUUUUCAUCAUGCAUACAUCCACCUAGGUCGGCUACAUCUGUGCAGUUAAUUACCGUUGUUCUCAGGUACCCUUGAAUUUCUCUCUGUCAAAGGAAAGGAAAGGAAAGGAAAGGAAAGGAAAGGAAAGGAAAGGAAAGGAAAGGAAAGGAAAGGAAAGGAAAGGAAAGGAAAGGAAAGGAAAGGAAAGGAAA